UAUUUAACUAUUAAGUAACAAAAUGGCAUGAUAGUGUGAAUAACAAACGUAAAAAACUUGGUUUGAAAGAAGGAGUAUGUCGUCGGAUUCGGAAGAAAGUUCGUUAUAUUUUUACGCACAAAGGAAUACUGCACGACGAUUUAAAAGAGUCAGAAAAGAACCUGAAGAACUCCCACAAGCUUUGAGAUACUUCAAAUAUGCGAAUCUGAAUCCAAGAAUCGCUGCCUUCCUCGGCAAACAAGAUCCAAAAAACUUGGUGAAAAGAUCAGGACAAAAAGGUGGCGGGCAAGAUGAAAAAGAUGGUAAUGGAGAGGCGAAACCUGCUGCCACUGAAGCUAACAUUAAUGAUUCUCUUGGACUCCUUGGGUUUGGCGAUGCCGGUCUUAGUCAAGAGGCAAGGAGUUUGCUUCCCGAAAUUGGACAGGGUGGUCUUGUAAAAAUGGGAGCUAUGGAGGAAAGCUUUGGACCUUCGCGCUUAUCAUUUAACGAGGCGGAUGAUCCUCAACGGUACCAGUUUGAGGAAACAACAUUUGCAGCGCCGAAUAUUUUGCGAGAACUUUCCGAUACUCUCGCUCGAUUCGAUCACGCCUUUAGGGAAUACACGAAACGAAUGAUAGUGCACGAAGACGUUGAGGAUAGUGAAAAUUCAAAACCUUCGGAUGUUCUGCCAAAAGGACUCAAUCACAUUUUGUGUCAAGAAUGGCCUGAACUCAUCUCUGAAACGAUAUAUACACCCCGGCUGUGGCAAUCACAGGCCUACAAAUCCGGUUAUAAAUAUGCUUCUACUCUAGCCAGCGGGCGACAAAUGACAGCAGCUUCCGGUGCUGUUGAGAAAGAUAGUGGAGCAAAGGGAGAUAUGAAGGGUAUGGUGGAUUUACUAGAUGGUGCUCGGAUGAAACCGUCAACCAAAUCAUUAGUAGCUGACAGCAGUACUGUUCAUAAAAGGAAAGGGAAAGAAAUGGACAAGGAUGUAAUCAAAACUCAUUUAGCAAAACUUGACGAUCGCCUUACGCGUCACGGAGGUAAUCCCACCCUGAGUUUUAAUCUGUCGUCAAAAAGAGCGUUCGACGAAGGAUGGGUUGUCAACGCACCACCAGACCCGGAUCUAGAGCAAAGUAAUCUACUUGAAUGGGCAACUGGUCGUUUACAAAUGGCCAUCAAACAAAAAGAAGACGAAGAGGACUAUGCAAGAAAAAAAGGAUGUGAUAAACCAACUAUCAUCCGAUAUUAUGGCGAUAGUCGUAGAGAUACAUUGAUGAAACUAUACCGAAAAUCAAAUGAAAGCGAAUCUUUACAGUUGAGAAGAGCAAGCACUGUGCCAAAGAUCCCUCAAUUGAGUAAGAUAGACAAUGCUCAGAGGGAAAAGUUUAUGGUUCAACUGCCUGAUGCAUCUACAACAAUAUUUUAUCCUUCAACUGGAGAAGUAGCAAUUAUGGCAAGUGCUGUACCAUUUAAGCCAGGAGAGGUAUACGUAAAUUGUUAUGAUAGCGAUGAGGAACGUACCUGCCUCGCUGCUUUUACUCCAUAUGGCAAGUCUUGUUGCUAUCACAAAAAUGGAGCGCCCGCUUUGAUUCUAUCAGAGAUAGGAGGAGUACUAAAGUCAGAUGAUGGUAACGUCAUCAGAAAAUGGAAUUGGCCAAAAUAUGGGAAAAUGAAGGAAAAUAUUAUUUACCACAUCAACAAAGAAAUGUACGUUCGGGUGCUUAGUCGUGAAAACGUUACACUGUAUUUUUCGUGUUCUCGUGAAACUCAUAAAAUCCCGGUGGGAGCUGUUCCAGGUGUGAUGUCACCAACUGCGCUAACAGCUGAUGCCAUGGGAGUGUUACAGGCGGGUUUAAGAUUAACUUCAAAAUCAGCUCUCGAGCACAGUGGGCCCAUGCGUUCAAUCAAAGACGAGAAACAAUCAAAAAUGAACCGAACAAGGAGACAUUUGCUGGGAAUGCGAAAACAGACCAAGAAAAAUAGCGAAAUCGAAGAGCUUAAAAAAUCUCUCGAUACUCCCGAACGUUUCGAGUUCGAAUCUCAAGCGGAUCGAGAACUGCAAAGACUCCAAUAUAAAUCAAAAAAUAUUGUGGAAGAUUGGAUGGAGCAUUACAGAGUCGCGGUUGGAAUCAGUUCACCUGCAUUGAAAAAAAUGAUGGACAGAUCUGUGAUCAAAAGUUCGAAGCGAGCUAUACGCAGUGCUGUUGAACGGAAGACAACAUCUGGGGGUAUCGGACUCGAGGAAGCAGCGGAAGAUCUUAUCAGAGGUUCGACUCGAUAUCAAUCUUUCCGCUCUCCAUCAGCCCCGCCGAAACACAUGGUUCUUGCUCCAAAGAAACGGACUUCAGUUUCAUCAGAACCUGAGUCAAAAAUUGAUGCUGAAAAACGUACACCUGGUACUGAAACGCCUCAUGUACGAAUCGAUGAAGGAGAAAAAGAUCAGAAACCUGAAACCGCAGGUAAACGAGUGCCAACCCGACAAUACAAAUCCGCUUCCAGCAUUGAUUCACACGGUCGUACACCUGGACGUACGUCGACAAAUAUUGGACAAAGAAUCUUAAGAUCUUCUAUUUUGACGUCAAUGAGCGCGCAUCACCCACAAACACCCGGCCGUGAUGGUAGAUCGCCACAAGACAAAGUAUGGAGUCCGGCUACCGAAGCAUGUCCAGUUGUGACCCGACUCAAGUUGAUAUAUCCAGAUUCUCUCAAAGUUUUUGCAUGCAAGUGCAGCAAACAUCGUGUUCCGUAUAUCAAUGAUAUUGAGUUCGAUGUUUUCCUGAGAGAAGUUGUUCCAGUCACUCAGUUGAUUGUUGUAUCUGUAAUCAACAGCUUACAUGAAGAUUCCAAUCCGUAUAGCGAAAUGUUGGAAAAUAUAUACGUUUCGAAGAACAAAAAUCGGACAAAACCCUGCCUGCAAUGUCGUCAUGAUCAAUACAGAAUAUUGCGAUACGAUUUAGCUCGUGCACAUAUUGAUACAGAUAGAUCAAGACCAUUACAGUUGGAACGACAUUGUGUUGUCCCCGGCAUGACACUGAUGUAUUGUGGUGGUCGCUUGCUAUUUGCUGAUCACAUAUUUAAUGGAUACGGGAAUGCUAGAAAAGAUUUCAGAAAACAGAUUUUUAAGUCCAGACAAGACUUUCAUAUGGGCCAUUUCCUGCCAGAUGAUUUCAGAUUUUCACCGAGUCGAGGAAAACCAGGAGCUCGAGCUGCUUGGGGUGGCGAAAUUGGUGGCACCGGAGUUCGUGGCAAAGGAAAACCAGGACUGUUACCGGGCCGCCAAUCCGUACCUGCUACACUUGCUGCAGGGAUGACACCUAAGUCCACUAACGUUGUAGUAGACAGACUAUCUAAGAGUGCAUCUUAUUCUUCGUCUUCACAAUCCGAUCUAUCUACAAUCUACUCUCAUUUGAAAACUUCCCCCAAAUCUAACAGGUUCGACUCCGCCCGUGAGUUUGUCCAAUUCAGCCUAUCUGCUAAAGUUUACGUUCAGCCUCCAGCGAAAGACGUAAACCAAAGCCGAAAUCAGAAUUCUAUAUCCCCAAACAAAAGUUCCAUGUCAACUGGAGAUCCCGUAUUAUCACAGAUGAAUAAUUUUUUAAUGUUGCAAACUGUUAAGUAAUAGUUUUCUCGGAUUGCCCCUUUCCCAUAACCGUCCCGUGUAGGAAUAUAAAGAAAAGUACUUUUCCGAAUUUUCAACAACACUGUCUAUCUUUUGUUAAAGCUAAUUCGGGCAAAGUACAGGUUAUAUCUCCAUUUAUCUAUGGCAUGAGCUGAGUGCAAACCGGAAAAGAUUCCGAAUUCACACGGUUUAUUGAAAAAUAUUUUAAGUACACGAAGCACAAUGAGAUUAUUUAUAGCACAAUUUUAUGAGCCUAUUCGUUAAAGCAAACUGUGACACAACAAAUGUAUUAUUAUAUAUUAUAUUAUUUUUGUUUUGCAAAAUAAAAAGCAAUUUCAAUGUA